AUGGAACUCCUUGGAGCCAACUGGGCAGACUACUUGACAGGCGUGAUGGACUGCCCCUUCUGGGAAGAAGAACUUCGCGCGAUUGAAGAAGAGGCGCAGCCUUUCGCAAACAGCCCGAGUGUGCAGGCGUCCAUGACGAGUCUUCGACGGCUCUUUGACCUCUUUUACCAGCUUUCGGAUGUUCGCGACCAUCUGAAUCAGAUCAUGGAGCUGGGCAGCCGUGCCGCGGGUAUCGCGGGCACCGGUUUGAAUGCGUCGGAGGAGGUGAGCAACGUCGACGAGCACGCCAAGAGGGCUUCGGCAGGGUACGACCGCCUCAUGAAAGAAUACCCCGAGUACUGCGCGAAGGUCGACGACGUCCUGGGAUCUGGCCUGGCGCUUCUCAGACAGAAGCACAGGUUCACCUUUUCGGGUCUCCACCGUUUCUUCUACUGA